AUGCUGAAUCUCAACUCGAAAAUUAAAGGAAAUGAAUUGUCUCAUAAACUUAAUAGUGAAUUGCAUCAAAUGCUUAAAAAGUUGCAAUGUGGGAUCAUGUUACACAAGGCCAUUCCGUCUAAAAAGAAAAUUGAUCAAAGAGUAUUCUUUAUUAAAAUGGAAACCCGACAGUUAAUAUGGACCAAACAUAAUGAAAUUGAGGGAAUAAUUGAUUACAAAGAAUUACAUAACAUCAAAGUAGGGAAAGACUCAAUUGAUUUUGAAAAAUGUUUUGAAGAAACAAAGACAUGUUUAGCAAGUCUUUGUUUAACCCUUUAUUAUGGCACAGAGUUUAGAUUUAAAACCUUAUCUCUUAUAGCUCCAGAUAAAGAAAUAUUCAAAAUUUUCUAUCAAGGUAUUAUACAUUUGACUAGAGAUACUAAAAAUGCCAAUUAUCAAUUGCAGUGUGAAAGAUUACUUAGGAAGGAAUACAAUUGCCUGAUGAAUAAUGACAUUACAACAGAAAGGAAAUUGGCUUGGCAGGACGUCAAAUUUUUGCUCAACAAGAUUGGUGUCAAAUGCGGUAAUUCCCUCGUCAAACACCUGUGUGUCUCGCUCGACUUUGAAAAUAACGAAGGGAAGGACCUGACCUUCGACGAUUUCCGGUUCGUGUAUAAUCAGCUGUUGCAAUGCAAUCAGAUAUACUCUCUGCAUCUCAACGAAUUUUCUCUCGACGGCAAGACAGUUACCUUGGACGAAUUCAAUAAGUUUUUGGUUCAAGUGCAAAAAGAAACAAAUCAGCAAUUCAUACAACCCGAUCACAUUAAACAGGUCAUGGACGAAUACAUCGAAGAUCUCACCAAAGAUAUGAGCGACAUAUAUCUCUUGCGCAAAGAGUUUAUAGAUUAUUUGUACGAUUCGAAGAAUGACCUCCUGGAUCCUAUUUGCAAGGAAGUGAAUCAGGAUAUGACUAGGCCGUUAUCGCAUUACUGGAUAAAUUCGUCUCACAACACUUACCUUACCGGUGACCAACUCUCCAGUGAAUCCAGCCCGGAAGCCUACAUAUCCGCUUUGACCUACCCUUACCAUGGCCGAUGCUUGGAGAUUGAUUGCUGGGACGGAUUUUAUCCUUCCGCUUCUUCAUAUUCCAACAAUUCCACCAAUUCUUUACUCAGCAACUCUUGCAGUUUUAGCGGCACCGUGUUGCAGGCUAACCACGCGUCACAAUUGCAACCCCUGCCCCUCGUUUAUCACGGCAUGACCCUGACCACCAAAAUAGGUGUCAGGGAAGUUUUGAUCGCCCUCAGGGCAUGCGCCUUCAUGGAUACUGACUACCCCUUGAUCCUAUCCAUCGAAGAUCAUUGCUCGCUUUACCAAAUGAAAAUAUUGGCCUCGCUGUUCAAAGAAAUAUUCGGCGAUUUGUUACUAACCUCGCCCGUCAAUCACGAAGACGAUCCCGACAUGUUACCAUCUCCCGAAAAAUUGAAACGCAAGAUUAUCCUGAAACACAGAAAACUCCCCGAAAAUUCUAGCGAAGAAAAAUUCGUAUUUAUGACACGUGACGAAAUAAUAGAAACCGAUUUAUCUAGUCCCAUCAAACACGGAAUCAUGUAUGUCAGAUCCAAGGAUUUAAAAAUUCCUAAUUGGACACCCUUUUACUUAGUGCUAACGGCCAUUAAAUUGUACUUUUUCGGGGAUAUUACCUCGGCCUUGAAUAAAAUUCAAAAUAUGGGCGAUAACCAUGGUGCCGAACUUCGCGGGUCUAACGAUGCCGCCAAAUUUGCCGGAACUGUAGCCAGUAAGGAUACGAAGGAUAAUAACGAAUUUGCCGAACUCGACGAUGGAGAAAACGGAGUCGAGAUAGAAAAGAAAUCCGCGCAUCUUGCGUUUGCGACGGAAAUAACUCAUAAGGCGCGUCAAAAUGUCCCAACUCAAUCCAGUGUAUCGGGGCAGACGUCAAACGCGGGAAAAGUCACUCAACAUACUACCAAAACCAAUGAUCCACGUUUCUCUAACCCCGAGGAUAGGCCUCAUCAAGAUAAACCUACGGUGAAUGAUAUCAACCGCAAACUGACUUCGAACCUCAAGAUCAGCGCCAAAGACCGAUCCAAUGGUCACGAGUCUUCGCAGGAAGAUUCCGACUCCAGUCGCCUUUGGUUAUUUCACACCUUAACCAGGCCAAGGCGGGACGCCGAAAAUAUGCUUAAAAAAUGCGCUGGCGGGACUGGUGGAGACGGUCGAUUUUUGAUCAGAAAUAGCGGAGUUUUUCAAGGCGAUUAUACCCUUUCAUUUAUGUGGCAAAACAAGCCCCAGCAUUGCCGAAUCAAAUGGAAAUAUCUCGAGAACGGGGUUUUCAACUAUUACCUAACACCCCAUAUUUGUUUUCCCGACCUAUCCGCCCUAGUUGACUAUUACACCCAGCACCCCUUGAGGUGCAAAGAUUUCAAGGUAUCGUUGGGCGAACCCAUCGGUAAAAGCUGUGAUUUUCUAACUCUACCGCUGGAGAGUAGUGGCGAUAUGAUUGGGUCUCCGGUCGGUGAUAGCGAGCGGACACACGAAUCGGUCGAAUCAUUAAGUUAUUACUUCGGCGAUAUGACCCAGAAGAGAGCGGACGCUAUUCUAGACGAGCUCAACGUAGAGGGAUCCUUUUUACUCAGACAUUCGUCUACGCUUUACAAAACGCCUUACAAAUACACUAUUUCUUUCAGAUGGGAAGCGGUUAACAAGCAUUGUAGGAUCAAGAGGCAUUCCGUUGACGGUUUGAACGACAAUCGCUGCCCGCCUAUAGAAACCUUUGUCUAUACCGUUUGCGACAAAGAAUUUGCCACUCUGAACGAUUUAGUCAAAUAUUUCGUCGUCAAUAAUUUCUACAAGUCCUGCAAACUCGUAACCCCAGUCACGCAACCAAUGAUAAGCAAUUUAGAGUCCAUAAAAUCUAGUCAUUCUCGCGAUCAUACCGCGCUAUACGUUACCACUACUCCCAGCGUAUACGUGGAUCUUAAAGAAUUUCGAUCAAACACCAUAGCUAAAGCCAUUUUCGAUUACAAGGCCAGGAGGGGAGACGAAUUGUCCUUCUACAAACAUGCUAUCAUAGUCAACGUGUGUAAAUUCGAUAAAGAAUGGUGGAAAGGCGACUACAGGGACAAAAAACAACACUGGUUUCCCGCUAAUCACGUGGUUGAAUGGAAUUCGCUUCAUAUGCCCAAUUCUUCAAACGAGAAUAAUCGAUCUGAAGAAGAAAAUUCUGGAUUGGGUGGAUACUGUUUGGGUGAAAUGGAUCUUGCCGGAUGCUUAAUAAACACCAAUUCUUCCUUGGCCGACCUCGCCUUCACUCCCUCCGCCCCGUUGGAUUAUUCUUCCGGUCACGGCCAAGAAAUCAUUAACGAUUUGUAUUACAGCGUCGAGUUGGUGAAUCAAAAUCCUCCCAACUUGGCGAUCAACGAAUCGGAAUUCGGGGUCAAUUAUCGUCAUUACGCAUCUUGCCACCGGGUGGAGAUGGCCUCCCCUUCGCAAAACGAACUUAACGAAUGGCUCAGAGAACUCAGACAAUACAUAGAUAGCGCUAAAAUGAACGAAAGGGCUUGUCAAAAGCGGGAGGUUGUCAUGCGGUUAGCCAAGGAAAUGUCCGAUUUGGUCGUUUAUUGCCGACCUGUGCCGUUAAAUAUACUAAAAAAGGGCAGGUACUAUGAAAUGUCCUCCCUAUCGGAAACGAAGGGCGAAAAGUAUGUUAUUACAGCUGGCCCUAUCGUGAGCUCCUCUUCUCUGCGCACUCUCACUAACCCGACCAAGGCUAUAGUCGAUGCCAACACCUACCACCAACCAAUAGCCUCCAAAUCCGGUCCUAUAAACCCUUUCCCUUCCUCCUCCGCCCAACCAAAUCCAAGCGAUUCAAACUCGCUAGACCGUAAACGCGGAAAGAACGCCAAGAAUUGCGGCAUAAACGUCAAAUUUGCUAACCGCAAUAGCCGUCAGCUAAUCAGGAUCUACCCCAAGGCUCAAAGGAUCGACUCCAGCAAUUACGACCCCAUGCCCUUUUGGUUGCACGGCUGUCACAUGGUGGCGCUCAAUUAUCAGACUCCCGAUAAAACGAUGCAAAUUAAUCACGGAUUUUUCCUGAGGAAUGGCAGCUGUGGUUACGUUCUGAAACCCGAUUUCAUGCUAAAAGAAGAUUUCGAUCCAUACCAAAAGAAUAAUCCCUCUUACAAACCUAUUAUUAUGCAUUUAACGAUUCUCUCAGGUUGCCACCUAAAGCGGCCCUUAAAAAAAUCUUCCAGGAAGCUUCUGCUGCCUUUCAAUUUCCCGUCUUUCGCUAACCGUGGUAACUUGGAUAAAGCGGAUAAUAAGUUUAUGGCCGCGACCGGUACCGCCGAUAAAAAUAAGCCCGCUAAUAGCGACAAAAGUUUUGAGGAUGCCACCCGCGAUAACGUUACCAAUUGCUGCCCCUACGUCGAGUUGGAGAUAGUUGGACCCCCGUUCGAUCAGUACAAGGUUAAAACGGCUGUUAUAGAUGAGAAUGGCUUCAAUCCAAUUUGGAACGAAAAGUUCGGCCAUAUUAGAAUUCAUAAUCCCGAGCUAUGCUUGCUCAGGCUAGCGGUCUAUCAUAGCGACGAUUUUGGGGACUCUCACUUGAUUGGCCAGGCGGUUUACCCAAUCGGAGAUAAAUUGUUGAGAGAAGGAAUCAGAUCAGUAAAACUCAAGAACGCUUACAACCACGAAUUGCAACUUUCUUCGUUGUUAGUUUAUCUAAAGUAUGGAGACCUAUGAUGGAUAAGAAAGAUGAGCCUUUUUAAUUCUCACCAAAAAAGUUAAAAAUCGCAUUUAACCAGUUAUACUAAUUCAAAAAAAAAUUAUAUUUUUAAACUUUAUUUAUGUCUAUUAUUACAUAAUUAAACUAUAGUUUUUUUUUCCCGAUGUUUAUAUAUUUCUACUUGUAAAACGAAUUUUUAUCGUAGAAUAAUUCGCAUAUUUUCGCGUAAUAAUGGCAAAUUUUUUUUUUUAUAAGACAUGAAUUAAAUGA